AUGGGCUACGGCUACGCCUACCCGGCUGGUGACUUUAGUCGCGUACGAUCUGCAACGCCGAGGCCAGACGGCAUCGGCAGGCGGAUUCUCAGCACAUUUGGAUCACGUCGCUUGCCUGACGACCCCUCCAAGCCCUCGCGCCCGACUAUCUCGUCCGUCUUCUCCCAUAUCCACAACCACUCCCGAAUACGACCCAUAUACCCCGUUUCGUCAGUCAGCAAGUACAUCCACUCGCGUGACCGUGGCCCUCUCACGAAGCCCGCGGACAACUUGUUCGGAUACCUCGCACACAGUGACGUUCCUCGCUGGCCGUGGCGUGAAGCCGGUGGAACACUGGGGAGUGGUCGGGGGAACAACUUUGAGUAUAUCCAGCGCAAGCUUGCCGCGGAACAGCAUCACGGUACGAGGGCAUUGGUCAAGUGGCGCCAGCCUGACUGGUGGAGGAGUCACCUGCGAGAAAGACUGGAUCGUGAUGUGCCCAAGACGCCCGUCGAUGUGGCGAUUCGGCGUAGAGAUCACUUUGCCCUCGAAGCGAAAGGGUUCGAGGUCGGUGCGCCAAUAGAGGACGGGAAGUGGGGCCGUCUCACGCCCACCGCCCUUUCGGUCCUCCACAUCCUCAGGGCAGGCAGCACGGCGUUCAACUGGGAACUCGUCGCUCCCCAGGGCGUCCGUAACCCUUCUAACGGCCUGGUCGAUGGGUACGCUUCGUUGGCGCUCACCGACGGACUGUACACUCUCAUGGUCGUCAUGUUGCGACCCCCCGGUUUUGUCGACUUUGGGGUUAUGCGCGAAUUCACUUCGCCACGGACGCCUUGGACCGAGCAGUGGAGGAGUGAGGAGCAGAUGCAGGCAGUCUUGCUGCAGGCGCAGAUGUACGACGAGUGCACGCAGCAUGCCACCCGCUAUGUCUCCACCCGUCACUUCAUCCUCACCACAAUCAAGUUCUGGGCCUUUGGCACAUUCACGCCGGGAUACUCGGAGGGCGUUGUCUCGCCCGUCGUCGGCCGGCAAGCAUCGCGCUUGAGCGUCAUGCAAUGUCUUGUCGGGUGGAUCCUGGAUGCGUGGGACGCCAAUGCCAUGGAAAUCGAGCGUGGGCCAGAGGUCAUUGCCCAUUUGAAGAAGAUCAAGGAGGACAAGGAACGGGCUGAGAGGGAAAGGGGGAGGGCAAGAGAGAAGGCCGACAAAUCGCUCAGUAACAAGUUCAGCAACGACUUUUCCACUGCUCUAGCAGCAGCCGCGACCACCAACGGAGUGGAUCCGCCUCCCAAGGUCUCCACCUCGACUCUACAGCCGAAGCAGGGCGCGUCACGGACCAACGUCCAUUCCCAUGUCAACGCGUCCAACUCCUCGAGCAAGCCAUCCACUGGUGGCAGCAGCGUGAACAAGGACGAAGUGCUCCCGCGAACAUCUUCUUCGUCACGACACCAUCACUCCCAUUCUCAGUCGCAAGCUCAGCCUCAAUCUCAACCGCACCACCACCACCAUCACCACCGCCACCAAGGCCACCAGCGAACCCAGUCCUACCCUUCUGGACCGGGUCCAGGCCAAGGCAUGCCACCGCCGAUGGGCGUGCCUCCACAGCAGGUCGUAAACGUCGUACCAGUCCCCGUCGGUAUCGACUUUGGACCACAGUACCAGCAGGUCCCGUAUGGCGUUGCCGUACCAGGGACAUACCCGACCCCCAAACCCUACUGGGGAGGGCCGAUGCCUCCCCCACAGUUCACGAAUGGGUACUGGGUGUCGAGGUAA